UAACGAAGAUAAGCACUAGAAGCAGAAAGAGAACGAAGAAGAUCAAAAUAACAAGAAAUGAAGUGGAAAAAAGAGAAGCUAGACGUGAUUUUAGUUCCAAUUGGGAUAUUGAUGAUGUUUGGGUAUCAUCUUUGGUUGCUUUUUAAAUAUCUCAGAAAUUCCAAAAGCACUGUUAUUGGUUUUGAGAAUCAUUGCCAAAGAGUUUGGGUUUGCAAACUUAUGCAGAUUGAUGCAAUGAACAGAGGUCCAGCAUUCACAGUCAUGAACAGCACAAUAGUAGCAGCAAAUUUCAUGGCAUCAACCUCCCUAACCCUUAGCUCCUUAAUGGGUACAUGGAUUGCAAGCUCCUCAAACAGCGAAACAAUCUCGAUUAUAAUCUAUGGAGAUACCGGUUCAUCCAUCAUUGCACUCAAAUAUAUCAGCAUUCUCUUAUUUUUCUUACUCGCUUUCGCUUGUUUCAUCCAAUCUUCGCGGUGUUAUGUUCAAGCUAAUCUCCUUCUAAGCAUGCCUAAGGCUCAAGUCCCUGAAGAUUUGGCUGUCGACGCCUUGAUUAAUGGUCGAAAUUUCUGGCAGGUUGGAUUAAGGGCUGUUUAUUUUGCUAUAACUAUGUUAAUGUGGAUUUUUGGACCUAUUCCUAUGGUGGUUUCUUCGGCUUCUAUGGUUGCGGUUUUGUAUGUUCUUGAUUCGAAUACGAAAUACUUGUUGCCUGAUUUUAGCAAGCCAAGUGUGAAUGAAGAUAAGAAAAGGAAACGUUUCGAUGAGCGAUUCGAGCAGCGUGAGAUGCCUGUUGGUAGUAGUGAACUUCAAGUUAAUGCUGCUAUUAACACUGCGCUGUUGUCUGCUGCUGCUAUUUGAUGGUAUUGGUGUGCUUAAUAACUCGUUCAAUGUAGGAUGACUAUUUAAUUACAUGUUAGUUUAACGAAUGUUGUAGAUUUACUUGUAUGGAUCUUUGUAAUAUUAUAGUCAAAUUUGUGUCAAGGAAUCAACUUAAUCAAAAGUUUAAGCUGAUGGUUGAGGC